UGGGCAUGAGGGAUGGUGAUGGCGGCCGCCGAGGAAAGCGACGCGACAGGGGCCGCGGUGGUGGAGCGGGGCCCGGGCGCGGUUUAUCACAUGUUCGUCAUGAUGGAGGAUUUGCUGGAGAAGCUGAAGUUGCUCAACUACGAGGAGGAGGCGGCGCUGCGGAGCCAUAACAUGAGGCCGCCUUCCAGGCACUACUUUGCAUUGCCCAUUAACCCGGGUGAACAGUUUUACAUGUUCUGCACCCUUGCUGCCUGGCUGAUUAAUAAAGCAGGCCAUCCUUUUGAACAACCACAAGAAUAUGAUGACCCAAAUGCAACAAUAUCCAGCAUACUUUCAGAGCUGCGAUCAUUUGGGAGAUCUGUGGAUUUUCCUCCUUCAAAAUUAAAGGCAGGUUAUGGAGAGCAAGCGUGCUAUGUUCUUGAUUGUUUAGCAGAAGAAGCCUUGAAAUAUACAUCCUUUGCCUGGAAAAGGCCCAUGUAUCCAACAGAGGAGGUGGAAGAAGAAGCAAUAACAGAAGAUGAUGCUGAACUGACUCUUAAUAAAGUGGAAGAAAUAAUUGCGGAAGAAGAGAUAGAAAAUGAGGAAAACUACAUUGACCUAAAUGUUUUAAAGGCACAAACUUACAAAUCAGACAUGAUUGAAUCAAAACAAGAAGAGAUUUUAGAAUCCACAGUAGAUGCAGCUGAGUGGAACCUUGAAGUGGAGCGGGUCCUUCCUCACUUGAAAGUUACAAUCCGAACUGAUAACAAGGACUGGCGAAUCCAUGUAGAUCAAAUGCAUCAGCACCAAGAUGGAAUUGAAUCUGCUUUAAAAGAUACCAGGGGCUAUCUUGACAAACUUCAUAAUGAAAUCAGCAGAACUCUGGAAAAGGUUAGCAGUCGAGAAAAGUAUAUCAACAACCAACUAGAACAUUUGGUUCAGGAAUAUCGUUCAGCACAGGCGCUUCUGAGUGAGGCCAAAGAGAAAUACCAACAAGGAAGUGGAGGUGUGACAGAGAGGACUAGAGUUCUGUCAGAGAUUACUGAAGAAUUGGAGAAGGUAAAGCAGGAAAUGGAAGAAAAGGGAAGCAGUAUGACUGAUGGAGCUCCUUUAGUAAAGAUUAAACAAGCUUUAACUAAACUGAAGCAAGAAACCAUUCAGAUGGACAUACGAAUUGGCGUAGUGGAACACACGUUACUUCAGUCAAAGCUGAAAGAAAAAUCAAAUAUGACUAGAGAUAUGCAUGCUACUAUAAUUCCAGAUUCUUCCAUUGUUGGUACUUAUUAAAUUUCCUUGAUGCACAAUUGUUUUCUACACAAAUCAAAUUUUGUACUUAAUAUAUUUUUUACAUUAUGUAUGCGAUGUUACAGUACCGUUAAUUCUGUUUGUAUAAAUGCAGUAAUGUUACAUUUUCUGUCCAAUAUGAUUUAUUUUCUCAUCCCUUUUUGUAAAAU